CCUGAAUGCACGGUACUGAGUAUCGACUCGUCAAGUCAUGGACCAUUUCUUAAUCAAUCAACUGGCUGCAUUGACCUCUUCAGUCCAGUCCCAGGCUGUAUCUACAUCCCGUCACUAUCUAGCCAAUUCUUUCGUGCCGCUCCAUGGUCAAGUCAUACAGGCUGCAGCAUCCGCUUCUAGUUCAGCAUACCUCGAUAUAAACAAUACUCACUUUUCCGCCUAUAGAAAGUCAGCUUCUGCUCCGGAGUACACACUCUCGAUGGCAGCUAUACCGCCUCUUUAAACAUCUAAGACAGUGGACCGAGCGCCUCAUCCAACCCCGCAAUCAUUGGGGAUUUCUCACAGACGCUAAGAAAGCCAGUCACGACACUAGUCACACUGCUAGUCACAUCACAUUUCUCCCGCCACUACCAAUGUCCCACUAUGGAAGACUCGUCCACGCCGUACGUCAUCGUCCUAGUUCCAUGUCAUAUC